AUGGCAACCCCGACCGUCGUGCUGCUGCCCGUCUGGGGCGUCGGCCAUCUCAUGUCCAUGCUCGACGCCGGCAAGCGGCUGGUGGCCCGCAGCGGCGGCGCCCUGUCGCUCACGGUGCUCGUAAUGCAGGCGCCGACGGAGAGCUACCGGUCCGAGGUCGCCGGCCACAUACGGAGGGAGGAGGCCUCCGGCCUGGGCAUCCGCUUCCAGCACCUCCCCGCCGUGGAGCCCCCGACGGACCACGUGGGCGUCGAGGAGUUCGUCUCCCGAUUCGUGCAGCUCCACGCGGCGCACGUGAGGGCGGCCGUCUCCGGCCUGGCGUGCCCGGUGGCGGCGCUGGUCGUCGACUUCUUCGGCACCACGAUGCUCGACGUGUCCCGCGAGCUCGGCGUGCCGGCCUACGUCUACUUCACCGCCAGCGCCGCCAUGUACGCGCUCUUCCUGCGCCUGCCGGCGCUUGAUCAGGAGGUGGCCGUCGAGUUCGAGGAGAUGGAAGGCACGGUCGACGUGCCCGGGCUGCCGCCCGUGCCGCCGUCAGCCCUCCCGUCGCCGGUGAUGGACAAGAAGCACCCGAACUACGCGUGGUUCGUGUACCACGGCAGGCGCUUCACGGAGGCCAAGGGCGUCAUCAUCAACACGGCGGCCGAGCUGGAGGCGAGCGUCCUCGCCGCCAUCGCCGACGGCCGGUGCACGCGCGGAGUCCCCGCCCCGACGGUCUACCCAGUAGGCCCCGUGCUCUCCCUGAGCCCGCCAGCAGAACAACCGCACGAGUGCGUGGUGUGGCUGGACGCGCAGCCUCCGGCGUCGGUGGUGCUCCUCUGCUUCGGCAGCGGGGGGUUCUCGGCCGCGCCGCAGGCGCACGAGGUAGCCCGCGGACUGGAGCGCAGCGGGCACCGCUUCCUGUGGGUCCUCCGCGGCCCGCCGGCGAGCGGCGGCCGGGGGCCCUCGGACGCGGACCUGGAGGAGCUGCUCCCGGAGGGGUUCCUGGAGCGGACCAAGGGGAAGGGCAUGGUGUGGCCGACGAGGGCGCCGCAGAAGGAGAUACUGGCGCACGCCGCCGUGGGGGGCUUCGUGACGCACGGCGGGUGGAACUCGACGCUGGAGGCCCUGUGGUUCGGGGUGCCGAUGGUGCCCUGGCCGCGGUACGCCGAGCAGCACCUGAACGCGUUCACGCUGGUCGAAUACAUGGGCGUGGCGCUGGCCAUGGAGGUGGACCGGAAGAGGAGCAACUGGGUCGACGCGGCGGAGCUGGAGCGGGCCGUGAGGGCGCUCAUGGACGGCGGCUCCGACGAGGGGAGGAGGGUGAGGGGGAAGGCCAUGGCGAUGAAGGGCGCGUGCAGGAAGGCCGUCGCCGAGGGAGGGUCCUCCUACUCCGCAUUGGGGAGGCUCUCCGAGGAGAUGAUCAAUGGCGCGAGUACGUAA